AUGUUUUCCGAUGCAGGCAAGGCUGAUAGUUCACGUCCUACGAAAUUACUCAGCACUUGUGAUAACUGCAGAACCUGGAAAAAGCGAGGGCUUCGAUGCAGUUUCUCGCCCACGAAAGUACGAAAACCUUACACAUCAAGGUCUGCGAAGGAAAGAAAUGCUGUAAAUGCUCGCCGGCGAACAUCGACUGUGUCUUCGUCAACUUCCGGGCCCAGUGGAGCGCAAACGAACGACACUGACGACAUUACGAACGCUGCUCCUCCAACCCCAACCUACGCAAAUGCAUGGAACGCUUCCGGGACUGCGCAACCUAUGCUGAGAAACCAAGUGGCCUCGGAAUCGACAAAUGGUAAUUGGGACUCAGCACUCUAUGUUGACAGGAUACUCCAUCCUCUGGAACCAACAAGAACUCCUGAAGAGCUGAGACCUCUGUAUCCCGAGGGGUCCUACAGUGUGUCGCGACAAACAGUGGAAGAACACGCUUAUUUCGAGCAAGUUCAUCCCGUGUAUCCGUUCCUCGACCGAGCUGCCUUCGAAGCGAGAGCCUCGUCUACCCGACUUGAAGCUUCAGACUCAACUCAGGAGACAUGGUUGGCUCUGUAUCAUACUGUCCUGAGCCUUGGAUGCACAGGCAAUGACGGCAAUGUAUUCGCCCUCAAUUAUUCGAGUCUGCAGAUUGAGACACUGUGUAUCUCGGAGGCGGCAAGAACGAUUAUGACUUUAGGGCUGCACAAAAGAAAUCUGGACCAUGGCUCAUACCAACAAGGUAGGCGGGCAUUCUGGGUUGUCUACUGCCUGGAAAAAGAAUACGCUUUCAAUUCCAGCAACGCCUCUUUGAUCUCAGAUAUCGACAUCAGCUGUCCUCUUCCUACAGACCUGGCAAGCAGUGCCGAAGACUUCGCCUGGCUUCCUUGUUGGGCACGCUACUCGAGAAUUUUAUCGAAAGCAUACGAUUCACUAUUUUCGGUAACUGCGACCUUGGAUUCGGCACAGGAACUUUUCCAGAAAAUGGAUCGUAUCAACGACGAACUUCAGUCAUGGUUGAUUUCGAUUCCCGAAAACUACCGUCCAGGCUCGUCUCUGCAGCAACAUCGAUUCAGUCCUCUUUAUAUGCAAGAAAUGGUUCUAAAGAUCCACUUUGCAUAUUACAACCUGAGAAUUUGUAUAUCACGAAUGACCCUUCACCUGUGUCCGCAUGGAGUGUCGCAGCGACGAUCCGAGAACAAGAAGUGCCUCUUAAUGACAGCGCGCUCGAUCAUUGAGUCGACCUACAUGAUCCCAAUGAAUCCUUUCACUCCUGUCUGGAUAAUCGGAGUCAUGCCGAUGGUUGCGAUGUUCAUCAUCUUCGACUUUGUAGUUCACAACCCGCUACAUCCUGAGACCAAAAAGAAUUUAUCAUACCUCGAUAUUAUUGCGGCGCACUACGCUAGACUCGACCUAUUGGCGCAUGGCACGAUUCACGACGCUAAAGUUGCGGAAUUUACCUCUAUCGCACGCCUCUACGUCGAGACGUUGACCAGAGACCAUGCGAAUGGGGCUAGUGACAUCGCCAAAGCCGCAGGACCCAGCAUCCGCCGAGGGCAACCUGAUGACAGCCUUCAAGCUGUGCAGAGAUCUGAUCUCUUGUCCCGAUAUGAGUUCGAGCAGCUAUCGGCCGCAGGCGCCAAUGAUCUGAUGAACGGCGUGGACGACGACAACAUUUCGGACGCGGAUGGAUUCAGAUUUCUCGAUUUCCCAGCGCCGAGCUCAUCGUUGUACAUGUCAUUGCCGUCCGGGUAUGACAUAGCCGAUUUCUUCGGUGAUCCUUUCGCCUGA